UUGACUUGGGGAAUCGAAUAAAUGAUGUAUAUCAGAAUCGAAGUUAAAGCAGUGUGCAAAAGCCAAAGAUGAAUCUAACGAGAAAUUGCCAGUCAUAAAAAGGGAUCACAAAGUGCUUCCACAUACACCACACAUCAGGACAGGAACUUCCAUAGCUAAAGUAGCCCAAUUAUCAUGUCCAAUGCCAGUACACGCAACAGCGGCAACGGUGGCUACUGUGGCGCCCUACAAAGGGCGCCACCGCCCUUGCCGCCGGGCCUGGCGCGACGUCUCAGCAACAAGGAAUGUUACGGAGUGGGCAAAGUCAAAGUCAUGCUGCGCGUAUCGGAUAAACCGGAGGAGCAGGCAGCACAGCACUUUAUCACGCUGGACAAGAAGAAGCGUCAGGUGACGUUAAGCGAUCCGAAAAAUGUUUGUGCGCCCCUCGCACAGGAGCGUGCACCUAUGGUGGCCGCGCCCAAGAUGUUUGCCUUCGACAAUUUAUUUACGACUGAAGAUAAGCAGUCGGAUGUCUGUGCGGCUGCCCUAAGUGAAGUCAUUCCUGCCGUGCUCGAGGGCUCCGAUGGUUGCCUCCUGGCGAUGGGCUAUCCCAGCACAGGCCAGCAGCAGAGCAUACUAGGCGAUUUAAGUACGCCCUCAGCACUUGGGGCUGUGCCCUGUGCUAUUGCCUGGCUCUAUAAAGGCAUCAAUGAGCGUAGGCAAAAGAGCGGGGCACGCUUUUCAGUGCGGGUUAGUGCUGUGGGCGUAAGCGCUACCAAACCAGACGCCGUCUCUACGGAUUUGCUCAUUUCGCAUGCGGCUGAAUCUGACGACUCCCCGGGGAUUUAUUUGCGUGACGACUUCCUUGGCGGUCCAACGGAACUACGUGCACCCACCGCCGAACGUGCUGCGCUCUUCCUCGAUUCGGCGCUAGCGGCCGGACGCUUGAAAAGUUCUUCUGGUGGGGGGCUGGGACUGGAGCCCGCCCUCAUAUUUACGCUACACGUCUACCAGUACAGUUUGUCGCGCAAGGGGGGUGUUGCCGGUGGUCGUAGUCGUUUACAUAUCAUCGACUUGGGUGGCUGUGCCAAUCGCAGCGGUGGCCUCCCACUUUCGGGCAUAGGGAACAUUUUACUGGCCAUACUUAGCGGACAACGACAUCCGCCACACAAGGACCACCCGCUAACGCCAUUGCUUAAGGAUUGCCUGGCACCCAUCACCUGCCACGUGGCUAUUCUGGCACAUGUGUUGCACGAGCAGAGCUAUACAGAUGCAUUGUCCACCAUUCAGAUUGCAUCGCGCAUACACAGGUUGCGCCGAAGGAAACACCGCGUACCCAUGCCCCUGGCCGUGGGAUUGGCCGCAGGUCUGGGUGGGGGUCAUCUUUCGGGUGCGGGCUCUUCAGCCGGUUCGGGUGCAGAUCCAUCCAGCUCAGAAAUAUCUGCCGAUACGGUUAUCUACAUGGGCCCAAACGACGAUGCCACCGAUGGCGAACAUCCACCAGUCUACUUGCCCUCGCUGAAUGCUGGCGACAAUCGUGCUGUGCUCAGCAAGGCGCUGAAGGGCAGUGGAGCAGAGAAACAACCAAUGCAGACCAAGGGCGCAAGUGUGGUCAAGAAGACAGCAGUGGACAAAGCGAAAAAGUUGCCAGCGCUGAGCGCAACGGGCAGCCUAAAGCGCCAUAUCUCCUCACACAGUCCGCUGCCCACAGCUCCCUACGCGAGUGGCGAUACUCCGCCACCAGGCUCACCCCUGCUGAGCAAUAUUCGACACUUGAGUGGUGCCACUCUCAUGUGCUCCAAGGCUUCCAAUGUGCCAACGCCCAAGGGCUCGCCACUACGACGACCACAUGCAGGAACCACUGCGGCCACAUCCAAUCCUGGUGGUGCACUGGAACAACUAGAGGCGGGUAUGCGAAAGAUUACUGAGGAGCAAUGGAUCGAUGGUCCACGUGUCUCACGAGCGAAGGUGGCCGAAGCGCGACAUCUAAUGCGUGAGGUCAAUCACGUCAAGCAGUGCGAGACUUGGGUUGAUGGACCGAAAUCGCAAUCAUGUCGUUCACUGACUGCGGGAAAUUUGCCCUCAUCUGGGGCCCAAACGCAGGGCUAUGGGUUCAUGGAUGCGCAUAAAAAGACCAUGAUACGUCAGUGGGUGGAGAACCAAACGUCGCAAGUCUUCCAGACCACCUCAGCUAGCUGCUCACCGACGUACACGGCUCAGCAAUUACGCAGCACUAACUUCCAACUGUCUCAGCUGAAGCAAAAGUCUCUCGAUCUGCCCACUCAUACGGAUUUGUAUGGCAGAAGCGGUGAUAAAACGCUCCUAGCAGAGCAGCCGCUUACACUUCCACAGAGCUUUGAUAACUAUCCUGAGUUGGAAGCUGGUUAUGUGAAUGUGGAGCGUCCGGCGGAUUGCGAUGAGGAUCAGGACAGCGGUCCAUCAGAGAUACCACCCGCACUGCCAUUGCUCGAUCCUUUAGGGUCUCGCGAGAUAUCCCACGAUAGUUUGCAUCGUAUGCUAAAUCGUCAUGUUUCGCGGGAAUCGCUGCCACAACACCUACUGGAUACCGAGCUACCAGCGUUUCCUUCUAGUCGCCCGUCCUCGCAGCAUCCCUCACAGCGCAGCAUUGACUGCGGCCUUCAAGUAACUGAGGAGGAAAUUGCCCGCACCAUGGCCCUGGAACAUCCCCUUGCGGCGCUCAGUCACUGCGACAAUAUAUCCUAUGUUUCCAGCUUCAAUAUGGCCUGCGAGUCCUUCAGCGAGUGUGGCGAACAAGCCAGACAUCAAUUCGAUCAACUAGCGCGCCUGCAUGAGAUCUUUACCUCGCAACUAGCCAUGGCCGAGGUGACACCAUCCACUUGUCUUUUCCGCACCGGCUGCGAUGUGGGCAGCGUUUUCAGUGAACCAGCCUAUCGCUUCAACGUGGGCCAGAGUAGUGUAUGCAGCGAGCCUGCUUAUCGUCUGCCUAGUCCCAAGCAGCCCUCGCAUAGUCCCAGCCAAGGCUCGCUGCCCAGCUUGAAUGGCAUCAUGGAGAUUGCUGGAAUGGACGACUAUGCGUUGCUUCGUCAGCCCGAUGGUGCAUCAGAUCCCAGUCUGCCGAAGUCUGAGAAACGAUUUACGCCCCAGCACGACGACAUAUGCGAAUUGGAUGAGAAGACAGCAUUUCUUGCAUCGUCGGGCAAACGAGGCUCUCUCGAAGAUGCACAACAAAAACUCAACGAAAUCACCAACAUACUGCCGCUGACAGCACAGACUCGACUGCCGUUGUUGCCGCUGAACACCUCGUCCGAGGCCUAUGACAGUGGACAUGAUAGUUCAACGCCGCGCACCUCCAAGCACUCAGGUAUGUCCCGACGCGCCGAGAGCGGCUACCACAGUGUGGCCACGGUACGCGACUCUGAUGAGAGCAGCUUCGCCUCGGGCAUGUCAAAGAGUCAACGCAAUCGGAUUGUCAUAUCGUCAAGCAACUAUCAACGCCACAAGAAGCAGCGUCAGGAGGGCAAGGGUCUGUGCAAUUGGCUGCUCAAUCCCUUCUCCUGCACCUAUCCAGAGACUGAGGGCGAGAUCAGCGACUUUUAAGACCGGCAACCAAGUGUGUGAAAAUAGUUGAUACCCACCAAAGAAACAGAGAAACAAACAAGUAAUGCAGUAACCAAAGCUAGUCUAGCGUUAAAAUAGCCAAAUACACAACGAAAUGCGCACACAUUUAAAAAACCUUUAUUUUAGGGCUAUUGAUGUCGUCUUUCAAUGAUUUGCUCUCCCCCGGACAUUAUUAAAACAAUAGACAAUACAACCUAUUCUUAAAAUAUCUGCAGCUCAAGCUCUAACAUCAAACUAGCUCUCCAGCUAGUUGUAUGUAACACGAAUUUCACAUCAAAUAAUUACAAUAUAAACUUUUGGAAC